AUCGAAUUGUUAAUUGAAAAAAAAAUUUAAUCCCUGACUCAAAUGGAGCUGUGCAUAUGUAGGUACAUUAUUGUCUGCUACCAUUUUCAAUUCCAGUGUGGAAGGAAGUGGUAUGGAAGAGUAUGAUAUGUUUCUGGGUGCAGUUUUGGCUUGCUUAGUUCACAGCCUGGGGGACAGACUGUACCUGUACACCUCUGCCACAUCAGGGGUGGAGACACUGUUGUCCCAUAACAUCUGCAUUGACUGAGCUCUUUUGCAGAUACAGAGCUUCAUUCUAAUGUCAGUCCUGUAAUCUUCCAAAACUGAGUUCAUCUGGAGGGAUUUGUAGCAGAUGGCUAAUUGGUGGAUGCACAGGAUUCUUCCUUUAAAUUUAAAAACAAACAAACAAACAAACCUCACAAAGACUGACGGGACAAAAAAUAUAAAAACAAGCUUGGGUUUGAGAUACUGUGUUCGACAUCCCACCCUGAUGAGUGGAAUGUUGAUCAGUGGGGAUAUUGUUAUGACAGUCAUGUACUUAGGGUCCCCUAAGGAAAAGUAGUGCAAUUUGUUUGUUGAGCACGUGCCUCUCUAUCAGUCCUGGUAGAUGUUCUACCUCUUGGCUGCUUUUUUGAUGAGGCCUGAAGCUGGUGUGGGAUGGAGGAUGCCAAAUACAGCAUUGUGGCUUCACACAAGGGCAGCAGGAGCAGAAUGUUUCCUUGAUGGCUGGCAGUCUCAAGAAGACAAGACUGAGUGUAUGUAGCUCUCUUGGUAGUAGAUCAAGUGCUUCUUAAUCUUACAGUAUCUUCUGAAAUUUUUAAGCUAAACUGGUUUUGGUUUGGGAUUUUUUUGUGUGGUUAUACUGAUAGAAGGGCCAAAUAGUGGGAUAAUCUAAAGUAUUGAGGUAAUCCUGUAAAAUGUGGGAAUUUAGAGGAUGGGUGUCCUAUUUCUUUGCACUUGUACAAUUGGACAGCUAUAUACUGAUAUAAGUAGCAUCUGUAUACCUGUAUACAUGGGAUUAUACAGACUGAUUGCUCCAUACUAUGUUUCUGAAUUUAAACAAAACUUCAAAAUGAUUGUCUUGGUGCUGAUUGCUCUUUGUAUUCAAAUCUUACCUCUUCUUACAUAUAUUCACCUUUUAUAUGGUGUUAUACUUCCUAACAAUAAGGGAAUUUCCCAAAAUUACAAUAGAAUGCAGAUUAAAUUUGAGGGUAUUAAGCUACCUAAUAUCCUCACCUCUAAUGGAGACAAAUCCAUCACAAGUUUCCUCUUAAUAAAUGCUGUUUUUCUGUGUUCAAAAUGAAGCUUUGAAAAUUUGCUUAUGCCUUGAUGGCGAAUAUUUACCUAAAUUCUAGAUGAUUGUUAUAUUUAGACAUUGAAGUAUGACAUGCCAAUAAAUGAAAAUAGUGCUUUAGUAAACUGUAACAGAAUGUAUACAGGAAGUAAACAAAGUAGGUUCCUAAUACUUUUUCAGGUAAUCUGGAUGUAUUCAAUAACAGUUUCAAAAUUUCUAGCCCUCGGUGCCAAGUUUUGUUGCCAUCAUAGCUGUGGUGUGGGUGGAAGAGCCCAACCAGAAAUGAGCAGAUCUAACUGUAAGCUACUUUGCAUGUUGUCAGUUGACUAUAAAUUGCAGCAGUCAUUGACUCAGCGGAACAAGCGACACAAUUCAGGUAAGAGCAUGUUGCUGUAUCUAGCCAAGAUCUUCACUGAAUAUCAGUGUUUUUGAAAAUCACUUCUACCAGCCAUUCACUAACAAUGCUUCCAUAGCUCUUUAAUGAAUCCUGUUUAAUGUGAUCUCUUAUUUAAUAAGGUGUAAGAAAAAUGGAACAUUAAUUUCUUUUUUUUUAAAUAUCAUUCAGAUAUUUUCAGGUAUUCAUCACUCUUAAAAUAGCACGUCUUCUUUCCUGGAUUUUACUUCCAUCUGAAGAUUGGUGAGUCUCUGGUCUAAGAGGAAAAUGUUCCUAACACCUGAAUUUUGCACUUUGUGCUGGUAGUAAGGCAGCAGGUAACUGUUUUAUGUGAUGCUGUUGUCCAGCAGAAGUGUCAGUACUAAGCAACAAAUACUGCAAGUAUCUCUUCUUGAGGAGUUGUGUUGGUUUUGAUUUCUUGCUCUGUAAUGAUGUUUUGCUGUAAGUUUUUGUUUUGCUAUGUAGCAGACUUUUUCCUCAGACAGUAUUUUUAAGUUGUUAGCAGUAGAAAGUUUUUAGACAAUAACCUGUGUAAGUAGAAAAAGGAAAGAUGACUGGCUACUGUUUUGAUUUUACAAUGAGUCUAUAUUCACCUCUUGAUUUUUUUUAGCAUGCAUACUAAUCUGAAAUGGAUGUGUGUUCAUGCUUUCAGCCUACCUACAGAAGUACCUGUUUAAGAUGCACGUGACUUUCACUCAUGUCUAACAGCAUGCUAUAAAUGAAUUCUUAAUUAAUUGGAUUUCUGUCGUGAAAUCUAUGUGCACUAGAAAAAGAGACAACACUGAGUUCAGAGGCAUUUUCAUAGAAUAUGUUGAGAGGACAAGUCCACACUGAGUAAAAAAUUCUCUCUGUAUAAACAUGGCAGGUAUGAAGUAAUUAGAAAACAUUACAAUAUCCCCAUAUCCUUGUGAAGGAUUCAGGGGAUCCCAUUUAUGUUAUUGGAGCUGUGAUUGGAGCAUUUGAAGCUUUGCAAGAUUUUUGUGAGUAUGGAAUCUAGAUGUGUCUAGUAACCUAGCUGAAUAUUCAGGUGUGGAUUCCAUUUUAGAGGAUGUAAUAUAACUUAAGUGCUUUAGACAGCAAUGUGCAGAUGUGCAAGUGGAUGGUGAGUAAGAACAUUUUUGGAUAAAUUCUGUGUAGGCAAGUAUUGCCUUCAAGCUGUAAGGAUGGCUCACAGUAAUUCUUUAAAAAUUAACUAGUAAUUUCAAGUGUAUUUUAAGUAGCUAUUAGGUGACAGUCAUUACAUUAUCAGCACCUAUGGUGAUAUUUAGCUGUUUGAAUAAUGAUAUUGAGAAGACACUAUAAUGUAGCUUCCUAUAAACCAUUGCAAGAUUAUCUUUGUAAUAAAUCUGUAAGGGUGAUUUAAAUAGUUACACCUACUGUAAUGCUGCUCUGAAGAGAGGAUAUGGGGUUUUAGUAGGCCAGUCUGAGUCAGAGCAGUGCCCCAACAACUGUGUGCAGUCCUUUCUUAGUAUUACUAGGACAUAUAUUUUUUUCCUUUAAUAUUGAUUAUUUUUAUUGAUUAUAGUCCUCUAUCAACAGGAUUGUAUUUAGUAUUUCAUAUCUGUGUUUAAUCUGCAGGUGAGUGCAGGAGGAGCAUGAGGACCCAAGGAGAUGUUAGGCUUAGCAGAAAUUCUCUCUUCUUUCUAAAUUCUCUAAACUUCUUUUAAACCUUUUUAUGUUGAGUGGAUGUAGUACCUGACAGACAUGAAAUUAAGACUGGGAUAGCACAAGCUUUCCAUCUAUUUAAGAUAGUAUGGUGAAUGAGACAUCAAGUGAACAGAGAGAAAAAAUGAUUUGUCUUUGAAGGCUUUUUGGAAUGAAUAGGGAGUCUUUUACUGCAAUUGUAGAUUUAAUUUUUUUUCAGGAGAAGGGGGUGGAGAGAAUGUCUCAGAUGUUGGCCUGCUUUGUUUAUUGUCUACAGACAUGUUAAAUGCAGAACCUGAUGGAUGGCAAAAGCUACUGUAACCUCAUCUGUACUGAGACCCAGUGCAUACAACUGGCCCGGCCUUUCUGUGCCGACCCACUGGUCACAUUCCACGUGCACCCAGAAACACCAAACCAGGUCACUUGCUGUGAGGAUUUGUCAUUCCUUCCUUUCAUGUCUGAGCAUCUCAUCACAGAGAACUUCUACAGUGAGCCCUGUACCUUUCCCUACCAAAUGCCCCAUUCCAAUUUCCACAGAAUCCUGCAGGUAUCUGCUUUUGCAAGAAUGGCUCAUUUGGAAGGGUUCCUGCCUACGAGUCACAGGUAUUGCAGUGUGAGGCCAGCUCUGGACAAGUUCUGGGGUUCCAGCAUUGUGCCUGCCAUUAACCCCACCUGCAGGAGCUCUUUUGUAGUGUAUCCUGCCUGGAUCACUGAGCCCCUCACUCCCCAGAGGUGCCAAUGGAUUAGCCACUGCCUCCACUCCCCCUGCCUGGCGUGGGAGAGACUGGGGAGAUCCGUGUGCAUAGACAGCAACGUGCCUGUGCUGGUGAGAAGUGAACAAGAUGGAUUUUAUUACCAUGGUACAGUAAAAGAGGAGAUAGAGAGUGAAAGAGGCAUGUUCCUGGUAGAGUUUGCCAAACCACUUGUGUCCCGUGGAAAGCAUCCAGUGGGUGUGCAAAAAACAGCAAAGGAUGACAUUCUGGAGUAUGUGAAUGGGAUGAAGCACUCCUUACUCCCUGGAGACAAAGUGCUGGCACCCUGGGAGCCAGAUAUGGCCAGGUAUGGCCCAGGAACCGUCCUCACAGGCAUUGAGACAAGGGACCCCUUAAGAGCCUCAGAAGAUGAAGAAAUUACAGUCCAGUUCUGGAAUGAUAAGAAAGUGAAACUCCCACGUAAUGUGGCUCUGUGGAUCCCUCCUGGCCUGUGGGAGAGGAUUGUAGAGAUGAUCCACAUGCCCUUCACCAGCAGGCUGAAGUCCAGAGAAAAUCCGGAUGCUGGCUCUUGUAUUUUUCCCUACAGUCCUAAACCAGCCCUCAUUCCUGUUUAUGCUGGACACAGCCUUGCCAAGCACUGCUUGCUCUGCUCACCCUGCUGGCCACAUUUCCACUACCACUGUGGUGGUGCUUUGUGCUGUUUGUCAGGAUGUGUAAGGUGCAUCUGCUGCUGUCACCCCCGUGCUGAUGCCUGGCGGUCUCUUCCAUCCAGGUCUCUGGUCUUUCAGAACAAAUCUGAAGAGGCAGAGUCCAGCAGUGAGCUGUCUCCAGGCCUUCUAGAACUGGAAGGCACAAAACAAGAAGCAGCUGCAGCUGUGGCUACAUCUUCCUCCUCUUCUGAUUCAAAGUGGGACCUGAAGCCACUCCCCACUAGGAGUACUGCGGUGGACAGUGCUGUUAACACAGCCUGUGGCUGUCUUGAAAAGCCCAAGCUAAAGGAUUCUGCAAGACCUCAGUGGAAAUACUGGAAAAGAAGCCACCACAAGUCACAUUCCAGUAAUUCAGGACUUGGCAGUUGCAGCAGCACAUGUAUGAAGGGCAAGCUGGAAUCCAAAGCCAUCUCCAUUGGGGACACAUCCCAUGUGGGCCCAGCUAAUCGGAGUGCAAUGUUUGAAACCAUUGAGCUGUCUCCCAGAGGGCAACUCACAGUGAAAGAAAUCUUAAGAGACCAAGAUUUCAAGCCAUCACUGGAGGAAGAAGGUUUUGCAGCAUCAGAAAAACAAAGAAACAAAAGAGCGUCAGAUGAUAAAUGUAAAGCGACUUGCGUGGGCGAUGGCAAACUUGAUGUUAGAGAGCAUGUCAGAGCUCACUUGCAACAAAGCAGAGAGAGACAUGAUCAACCAGAAUUCAGCACAUGAAGUUCAGGGGCUGAAAUUUCAGGUAAACUGCUUAUACUCUAUCAGUGUUAUACUUAUUAAGCAAAUCAAGUUCUGGUUUAGGUACUGUCUCAGUGGAAUACCUUUAUGGAGGACUAUAUGGUUUUAAUACUGAGAAAGUAUAUUUCUACCCACAUCAAACUUCAGCAUCCUCACUCUUUACUCCAAGGUGUGAUAAUAAAUUCCUAACUACUUGAACUUGACUUUACAGUUCUGGAGAGAUCAGAUGAACUAGUAUGAGCACUAAAAGCCUGAACAGAUGCACAGCAAGAGUCCAAUAAACCUCCAAUUUGCCUACAGUUCUAUAGAGUGAGCCAGAGGAAUUCAGGAAAGCAAUUUUUGUUAGUAGAAAGCCAGAAGGAAUGCAGAAACAAUACAAGUUGACAGCUGAAAGUAUUUUUUUCAGGAUUAAAGCAGAAGACAAAGUAGCCAGAGGGUAAAAGACCUGCUACUGUAGAAACAAAUAACAAAAUGCUUAGAGAUCCAGCAUUCAAGUCACUGAAUUUUAUGUUCAAAUGAAAAUUACUGAAACCUUAAUACAUCAGCUACAAAAAGAUGACAGAUCUAUAUAGGUCACAUCACUAAUUCUAAACAUGGAACCUGAUCCUUUGGGAAAGUAAAGCAUCCAGGGAAUUUUGUUAGCAGGACUGCUCGUGUUUAAAGCAUAUGAACUUGUCCAUAAGCUGCUGUCUGCAGGUACUCAGCAGUACUUUUCCCCUGCAGGAAAUAGGACAAUUCAGGGUACCCCACUGCCCUCAGAAAAGGCAGCUAACUGGGGUUGAGCCUGGUCUGCAAAGGGACAGGACUUGAGGGGGCAAUAAUUUACGUGCCUAUACUGAACAUCUGACAUAUAUUCAAGCACCUUUCUGAGCUGGGGUCCUAGGUAGUGAAUUCUGUUUACAUUUUAUUUCUUUAUUAGGAUAGUAAAAGUAUAGAGAAGAGAAUGGAUUAUGAGCCAGCUGCUCUAAAAUCAGUGCCGUCCUACAGAAGCUAAUGCACAUCCAUAUUCAUACCACACAGAUCAUGCUCUCUGUGGUCCACAAUGCGACAUGGAGGUUCUGUCUGAGCAUACUAUAAAAGAAGCAGUCCUCACAAAGGCUUGAUCAUGUAUUUUAUUCCACUGAUUGUAUCUUUAGUUGUUUAAAGCAGAAGAAUCUGGAAUUACACAGUCACAUAAUUGGAUUUAAAAGGCACACAGUGUACAAAUAUUUAUAAAAUCGGUGUACAAAGUGGGUUGCAUAUAAUUGCAUUAAGUAGAAAACAAAUAUACAGACCAUAAAAAUGGAGUCCCAAAGAGGAAGCUACUAUUAAAGUGCUAACAAGAAAAGGAUAUUUAUAGUUCAUUACAUGCAGUAAAAAGAGCCUUGUAUUUUAUUCCCGUGAUGUCAAGAAACAACAAACAUCACAGAACAAAAGUUAAAUCAACACUUUGUCCUGCAUUGACACCUACUACGAGGGUUUUUUUCACCAUGUCAUCUGAGAUUGCUGUGACAGAAUAGAUGCCGGGAGAAACUUCGAUAUACAAGUCUUUGGAAGCUUGUCUGGUCUUUAAGAGGAAAAAAAAAACAAAGCUUCAUUACUGGUUAGCCAUCCUAGAUUUCCCACAAAAAUAAAAAUUUUGAAUUUGGUUAAAAAAAUUACAUUUCAGCUGCUAUAUAAACGUACUAAGAUUUUUCAAAAUCAGCGUGGACAAAACUGUGAAAUGUUCCUGUGGAAGUGAUUGCUAUGCUGUAAUCUGUGUCUCACAAAACUGAAAGUUAGCAACCUAGACAGUUUUGAACAUAAACCUGGAAAACAUUCCCUAUCAUAAGGGUGCUCCCAUUAAUUUGUACUGUGGGACAAAUUCUGUGUUUCUUGUCUAUUGUGUCUUAGCAGUUCUUGAAAUUGAUUUGGUGAGGUGUUAGGCUUUUAGAAAUAAAACCAGAUUUCUUCUCCUUGAGGAACAGGAGUCUUCAGAGAGCCUGUAUGAGGGCUAAGCAACUGCUGUGUGCCUUGCUGCACACUUUUCCUCAGGAGCACAAGUGAGGUGAGACUGGAGAAGUGCUGCCUUAUUGCUGCUGAUGUAAUUCACAAAAGCCUAGAGCUUUAUGGGUGUUUCACGUUCUGUACCAGUCUAACUGGUACAGACUCUUAACUGGUUAUGUGCCAGACUGCCACAAUCUGGCUUCUGAUUAACUGUGCAACUCUCAGUGUGCCCAUUUUCCUGCCUAUACAUACCCCCCCCAGUAUUGGGAAUGCACCACUUGUUAAUCUUCUGUGUCAUCCAAGGCUCCACAUCUGUCACAAUUUUUAACCAGCUUGAUGCAAAAUGAUGAUAAAGAAAUGCUAUCAAAUACCUCCAUUUAAAACCAAAGUAUUCUAUAAACUUACACGUUGCUGGCAAGUUUGAGCUCGACUGGGUGCUCUGGAAGCUUCAGACCUCUGGAAAGAAAAAGAUACUGUUUUCUAAUGAUACAACACAUCCAGCCCAAGUGAGGUGAUGUGUCAUGUGCAGGAAAUUUUCCCCUCCAUGAAAGGACUGAUAUGACACUGGUUGGUGCCACCAGAAGUUACUCUGUCUUCCCACCACCCAACAGAAGGCUUAGAUCAGUCCAGGUGUUCCUAAGUCCAUACUGUCAACCUACAUAUAUUAGUGUCUCACAGAUGGAUGGAUAACAAUUAUCCUGCUGCAAGGGAAGGAAUGACCUUAAAUCAAAACCAAAAGUACCUACCUCUUCUUCCUCCUCUCUUUCCUCUGCCUGCUUGCCAUGGUAUUUGCAGAUGUGUUUAAUUUCAUGCUCUUUGCACCUCGGGGCUCCCACGAAGCUAUAGUACUUCUGGACAACAAUAGAAACACAGAAUAUUAUGUGGGGAGGCAUCAAAGGCCAUACUCACAGCUACUGCAGAUUUACAACUGAAAGUGGAACUGCACAGCUACUGACUUCCUCUAUUAAUUGGCUGGUUUGUUCUCUUGUGAGGACGAAAACAAUGCCUGGAUGUCCACAAGACACCUGCCUUACGGUACAAGACUGUCAGCCCUGAUUUUAGAAGCCUGUCUCCUGACACAAUAUGUAGGGAGGGACUCUGGCACCUCAGAACUGAACUCAUGAAAAUGUCAGAAGGAAUACUCUGGAAAUACCUUCCUGAUCAGGCUCUUCAAGAAAAGCUCGGGUGGAAGAAGGCACAGUUUAUGGGUCCUUAAUAGGACAUAUAUGCCAGCGAGGUGCUUUGCAACCUAGCCAGUGAAGAUUCAUUCUGCAGGGCACAUGCAGGAGCAGCACUCUAAAAGCAGAACAUGUUAAUACUGAAAACUGAGUCAGUAAAGAACCUAAAGUGUUUUCAAGGCUGGUACCAGUAGCACAGCAGUUUUGAGAACUGCUGUAUUUAAGUCUACAGCAGCCCUCUUCUGGUUCAGCUGCAAAGGUACUGGAACCUUCCUCACUGCAAAUUAAAUAUUAGAGUACAGCUCUGCUGCCAUCUGUUGUCACAAGAGAACUCCUCCCAGGGUUACCUUUUUGAUCACAGGGACCAAAAAGUUCCAAAAUAUCUAUUUUAUUUCACUUAUGUUGUCCUCGACCCUCGCUGUCAGGACUAAACAUAACAAAAAUAAGGCUAAUAGCAAUUCUGAUUUCCAUAUCUACUGCUAUGCUUUAUUCCUCGAGCUUAUGCACAAAUCAAGAGAUCUGGUUGCUUGUAUUGUGGUUUCUGUGGAGCUAUGUCCCAAAAUACAUCAAAUGCUCUGACCUAUUGCAUGCUUUGCAGCACAUCUCUGUAUCACAGGAGGUGAGCUGGAUUCUUUUACGUGAUGGCACAGAGCAAAGAAAUUAAAUCAAACUUUUGGUGAGUAAUGAGGGUAAACUUAGGUCCCUUAGUAACUCCAAACAACUCAGCUUAAAUCCCAGUUCUAAUUGUUUGCAUCUAAGUGGCUAAAUGGUUAUGUUCAGCUGGAGAUUUUUAUUUGCGCUUUUUAAACUUUAUCCAUGAACUUACAGGUCUGACAAUUCCCCCUUUUUAUGACUCCUCUACAGAAAUGACUGAAGCAGUACUGUCUUGGCUGAUGCAUAAGUGUGGAAAUCAUUUACUGCUUUUCCAACUCUAAUACUGUUAGCAGGCCAUAAGGUAGACCCAUAGAAUAAUAUAGGUUGGAAUAAGAUCAUACAGUCCAACCAUAAACUUAGCACUGCCAAUUCCACCGCUAAGGAUGAAUCUCUAUACACUUGUAUUUUUGUUUCAUCUUGUGUAAAACUCUAUUCUGCCUGAGUUGUUUUCAGGAUUAACUGGUUACUGUGUAUGUAGUGCUUUCAAAUGAUAGAAGAGUUGCUUAAGAUCUAAUCAUUUGGCGUGAUGAAGUACUGUUUUCUCUAAUGUAAUUGCAGACUUAGCCUGUGUUAUUAACUCUGCAGACAACGAGCUCCCUGCUGUGUUGUAACAGCUCCCGAGGGGCACAGCCUCAAUGAACUGCGGUGGAAUUCACAGAGACUUCAGUGCAGCAGCUGGGCUGCAGGGCUGCGUUCACAAGGAUGAGCUGGCAGAGGUUGGCUCCUGGUCCAUCCACCCCAUAAGGCAAUGACACCUGGCAGCCAAAGCCAGCAUGAAAGCAGUGGAGCUGUGCAUCUGUAAGCCAUACCCCUCCAUUUCUACUUAUCACAAAGGUAGGGUGCUGCUCAGAACUGAGCCCACAGUCCUCAUCCAGUGGCAACAUCCCAGAUCAACUUCGACCCAGUUUCAUCUGGGAAUGGAGUUGGUUUUCUUCCUAGUAGCUGGUAAAGUAGCUGUAUUUUGGAUUUGGUACAAGUAUAAUGUUAAUAACAAACUGAUGUUUUGGUUGUUGAAUGGUGCUUACCCUAAAUCAAGGACUUUUCAGUGUCUCAUGCUCUGCCAGCAGGGAGGUGCACAAAAAGAUGGGAGGGAGCCUAGCCAGGACAGCUGACCCAAACUUGCCAGAAGGGUAUUCCAUACCAUGGACUGUCAUGCUCAGUAUAAACUGGGAGAGUUGGCUGGGGGGGACUGCUGUUUGGGGACUGGCUGGGCAUUGGUGGUGAGCAACUGUAUUGUGCAUCCCUUGUUCUUCUUGGGUUUUAUUUGUCUCUCUCCUUUUCAUUACAAUUAUUAUUGUUAUUGUUAUUAUCAUUACUAUUAUUAUAUUUUACUUUGUUUCAAUUAUUAAACUGUUCUUCUCUCAA